AUGUGGAAGACGACGGUGAUGAAGUACGUCUACCGAUUUGUGCCCGUCUCGCGAUGGUGCCACAUCCUCACGCCAGAGAUCAUUCUCAGUGACGGCAUCGCCGGCUUCAUUGUGGGCGUCAUGAUUGUGCCGACCUGUCUCUCGUGGUCCAGUCUCGCGGGUCUGCCGUUUUCGUGUGGUCUUAUCGCGGCCCUUGUUGCCUCCUUCUCAUACGGUACGUUUGGCCAGUGCGCAUCGCUGUCGAUAGGCCCGGUGGCGGAGAUCACGACGCUGCUCAUCUCCAUCCCAGGUAUCCCGGUCGCGGAGCGCCAGGACACAUUCCAGAGCCUCGGUCUGCAGGUGGGUAUUUUGAGCAUGGCGCUUAGCUUUGUGGACUGCGGCACUGUCAUAAAGACCAUUUUUGCCAAGGCUGUCGGCGACGGCUAUACAUGCGCCGCGGCACUGUUGGCCAUCUCAGCACAGCUGAAGGUGAUAUUCAAUGUCGUGCCAGAGGACAAGGGCUACGGCAAUUUAAUCAACACUCUCAUCGCGCUUGGGUCUCAGGGGUCUUCGAAAAGCUUCUACUGCUUUGUUAUCUUUAUGGUGUACUGCACUUACUUGAUCCAGAUCAAGAAGGCCAGGCGACUGCCCCUCUGGAUCCCGCACCAGCUCAUCGUCGUCGUCGUUUCCAUCCUCCUGACAUGGGGCUUCCGGUUGGAUCAGAAGCUGGACCUGGCAAUCGUGCGCGACAUCCCGGCUAUCCUGAGCUGGCCGCGCUUUCCGCCGAUGGAUAACCUCAUCGGCCUGGGGCCCUACACGUUGGCCAUCACUGUGAUCAGCUUUGUGCAGAUGUACGUGGUGGCGCAGCGAGUGAUGCCAAAUGUAGACCCCAACACAGAACUCUUUGCCGGCGGCAUCACCAACUUGCUUGUGAACGUCAUGUCUGGUAUGCCGGUGUCGAACUCGUUCAGCUGCUCCUCUGUGCUGAUUGAGCAGCACGUGAUUACACCACUGACGGCCUACGCUACCGGUGGUGUUGUCCUAAUCACCAUUCUUUUCCUCACCAGGAUCGGUGUCUUCUACUACCUACCGAAGCAGGCGCUGGCUGCGAUUAUCAUUUCAAGUGUGUGGCGCCUUGUGAACUUCUCUGGGCCGGUGCAGCUAUGGCGCUACAGCCGUAAGGAUGCCGGGGUGUGGGUACUGACGUUUCUGCUGACUGUGCUCGGCGGCAUUACCAUUGGUGUGCUGAGCGGCAUUGCGUUUUCUCUCAUCCUGGUGGUGCUCCGCAUUGCGCGGCCGCGUGCGGUGAGCGUCGGAUUCAAUGUGCAGACAUUUCACUACGGCGACAUCCGCAAGGACCCAGAGCUGCUCGUGUACCCGAAUAUUCUGAUGUGGCGCUUCGAUGCCCCGCUGUAUUUUAUCAACAUCGGCUACUUCAAGGAGCGUCUCAUGGCCGCCAUCGCAGCAGAGGUGCGACCUAUCGAUGUUGUUCUGGUGACAUGUGGAAAGGUGGUCGACAUCGACGCGGCUGCGCUGGCGUCGCUGCCUAUCAUCCUCGAGGACACCUCGAAGUCUGACCCAACACGACCACGACGCAUCAUCCUGACGGAUAUCCACGGGCGACUGGAGAAGGUCCUCCUCGACUCGGCAGCCCUGCCCAUUUAUGUACCCGAGGAGUACGACGGGAUCUCGAUUGAGCAGAUCACGACCUCCGGUAAAUUCCCUGUCGUCUUCAGGAAGCUGGAGGAUGCGAUUGCGUUUGGGCAGCGGUGCAUAUCGGAGCGCUAUGGCAACGUGGACACCGCCCCGUACCCCAACGUGGCCUUCUUGACCGACGUCGUGAUGCAGGCGGCACGACUGCCGACAGGAGACGACCGCGUGCCACCUUUACUGUCGCUUUUAGAGGCAGCGGAUGCCACCUCAGCUUCGGGAUGCGGCACCGCAGUCGCAGCAGCGCCGCGGGGCCUGAAUGCAUCGCACAUUAUGGUCACGGCGCCCAGCGUGGCCCCGCCUUCCCCCAACCAAGCCGAGGAACGUCGAGGCAAGGCAGCGCGUGCCGAAGCCUCCGUUUCCUCCCCGCACCCGCCACACACCACCAUUACUUCCUCUGCAAGCUCAUCGGAGGAGGCUAUGAGCGAUGAUGAAGACGAUGGGGACGGUGGAGUUCCACCCCAGCAGCAACAGGACAACCUUGUGCGUCACCUUGCCACACUGAAGAAGCUCUCCACAUACUCGCCCGAUCGACAGCUUGUUGGCGUGCUAGGCGUCAUUCGUCAUGGUGAGGUGACACCCAAGCAGAAGAAAAAGCUGCUCUUCAACGACCCGACUCUGCUGCGGUUAGCCUUCCAAGGGCGUGACCUGCGCCGGACGAAGCGCAGUGUUGAUGAGCUGGCAGAGUUCUUUGUGGCGGUCGAGCGGUUGCUCUGGGAGUUGCCGACCUCAGCUGUGAGCGCGGCGGGGUCCGCUGACAUUCUGGAUGUUUCGAUACUUGGUACUGCCUGCAGCUUGCCAAGCCGAAUUUCCAAAGCCACGGCAGAGAGCUGGGCGCGCGUCUUGUCCAUUGUCCGCAGCCGCCCAGAUGGGCUCAAGGUCCAGAUCAAGGCACGUGUGACGACCGUCUCGGGUGCUGCCUCGUUUGACGGGAGCGGACAGACCUCCCCUCAGAAGUACCUGCACUACAGCAGUAGUGCAUGGCGGAGAGCCGGCAGCGGCGGCACAGGAAGUCGUUAUAGCAGUGGUAGCGGUAGCGCGGACGACGUCUUGGGCGAGCCGACGGCGGGCCUGCUCGUGGUGAAGUGGGGCGGUGUAUUGACCAAGUCCGGGAUCCUACAAGCGCAUGUGAUGGGUGAAAAGUUGUUCGCGCGGUUUUACGCCGCAGGCGACCUGCCGCUGCGUCGCCUCGUUCAGUUCACGUGUCAGCCGCUGGUAACGGCGUCAGACGAGAACCGGGUUGUGAACACGGCGCUUGUCGUGGCCAAUGCCCUCACGCAUGCCUCCGGCGUGACUGUGCGCCGCUGCGACAUUGUGCUCAAUGACAACCUCACCAAAACGCUGGGGUCAGUUGCGAAGCGCCUACUCCGGGAGGAGCACCGGUACUUCGAGUCGUUACUUCACAUCGAGUCUGCCGCAGCCGCACGUCAUUUCUUUCACAUUCCAGGCUUCCGCCAGCUGCUGUCGAUCCCGUCGCUGGACCGCUUUCGUGGCUGGGUAGGCAGCGAGCAUGACGACGACUGUGGCGAUGGUGAAGAGAGCAACAAUGGGAUGGCACGCAGGAUGAGUGAAACGAUGAGUCACCACUCUGAGAACCGCGAGGCUUCGGGGCCGAGUGGUCUGCCUCCGCCGUCCUUGCGCCGUCGCAGCGAGCGGGCUGGCGGCCGAGGCAAUUCUCGCAACGUUCAGAUUUACGGUGCUCAGGACACCGGCUUUCCACACGGCAGCCGUGUCUUUUCCACCUCAGAGUCACCGCUGCAGCGGCCCAACUACAACGUCCUCCGGCAGGAAGAGUUCCACACGCCGUAUGAGGUACUGCAGGAACUGAAGGAGCUCAUGUCAAUCUUGUCCACGCUCGAGUUCCCGGAGUAUCUCGCCAAGGCACCGCUGAGUAACCACGAGACGCUGCAGGAGCUGCAACAGCGCUACGAGGCGCUGUUGCAUAACUUUGAGGGAGCCAAACGCCGAAUUCGUAGCAGCUACCGCCGCUCCGAGAACAUGCGGUGCCCCGGUGGCUCGCGGACACCUGUGACCCUAGAGGCGAAGUACGGGAGGGCAGCGAGACCAGCAGUAGCGUCAGCAGGACUUGAUGAGGAUCCGGAGCAGCAGAUACUUCUGGAGGCUAUAGAGGAGACCGGUGGAUCGUCCGACGAGGACGGGCUCCGUGCGCAGCUGGUGGAGGACCCUGAGCUGGAUCCCAGCGUGCCCCUGCGGCGCGACCCCUCGGAGUUCCACCGGUCGCCGAUAGGAGCAAGUUUAUCGUUCCCCCCGAUGUUUGCCUCGAGCGAGGGGGGCGCAUGUGGAGCGCAGUGUGACCAAGGUGGUUACGGCCACUCUACGCUACCCGCGCAACAGCGAACGACGAGCGGUCGCGGCAACGCCGGUCUGACGCGGCCGAGACCGCUUAACAAGGCUUUUGGGCCCACCUACGCUCCUUUUAAGGAUGGCGAUGGCCACGGAAGUAAUGGCUUCGGUGUGUCGGGUGCCGCCCCGCGCUUCGACGUGAGCGACGUGUCGAAGCUGCGAGACUAUGGUUCCUACGACGUGGCGUACAAUCUCCCUCUCGUGCUACAGCUGCACGCGUCGGUGCAGGAGCCGGCGGUGGCGUUUCAGCUGCGUCGCUUCGCCCGUACCCUGCAGCGCUUUGCUGAGAUCACCGAGUACAUGUCGCGUAUCGGCGAGAAUGUACUAGUGGGGGUAAACAGUAGCAAACGCUUCAUUAUCGGCUCACUGGUCAGUGAUGGGCUACUACGGCGGCUGCACAAUGACUUCCACGACUUGGCCACGGUGGAUGAGGAGCGCGGUGUUCAGGAGCUGCUGCUCAAGGCGCAGGCGCAGUAUAUGGCGGAGAACGGAGGUGUCGAGCAGGAUGUUCGCCACAUGAUUGGCCUCUUUUCGCGUCUCCCCUGUUGGUCAACGAAGAAGAGGGGAGUGAGGGCGAGCGAACAUGAAGGCUCUGCUUGGAGGAAUGACCCCUGGGCACACGAGACCCCGCAGGAGCGUGAGUUCCGGCUUCGCGUUCCCUUCAUUUCUCUCCCCAAGCAAGAGGCGUGGGCACAUGCCGCGGCAGCCGACUUCGCGAAGUGCACACGCCUGUACUUCACCACUUACCUUCACGUCGAAGGCGUUCUGCAGUGCCUUUUCGAGAGCGUUACCGUCGAGGGCUUCAGCCGACCCAGCAAGGAGGAGAUGGAGGCGACCCACCAGCUCUACAUGCGCCACCUUAUCUUCAAGAUUUUUCGUCGCCGCAAUGUGAGCUAUACCGAUGCGGAGGUGACGGAAGCCAUGAGGCGUUUGCACUUGCUCUUCCGCUCAGGUGUAGACUACGACAAGCAGCAGCGAGAGCUGCGCCGCGGCCUCGCCGCCAUCUACCACGCAAUGUACUACGUAUCGAUGGAGGUUUACCUCUCUCUUGGCGACGUCGAUGAGGCGCAGACGGCCAUUAUGGAGGAGUUUCCACUCUUCAGCCUGCACCUUACUAACAGCAGCGAGGAAGGUGGCAACCCCCAAAGUGCAACCGGCACAGCGGCCAGUGGUGGGAACGGCGAGGAUGGUGAAGAGCUGGCGGAGGCGAUGGCAGCAGCAGGCGGCGGCAGCAUGGCGGCAGCGUCGGUGCACCACUCGACCUCACUUCUGCCCCCCUUCGCGGCAUGCAGUGGGACCAGGUGCCUCAGCAGUGGGCCGGCGUCGUACUCCCCUGCUGCAGCUGGCGGAAACUCCGCGGAGGCGUUCACCGGCCUUGCUCGCAGUCCCGUAUACGCGCAGUAUCUCGUCGCCCCAUCCAACACCCCAGAAGCAACGGUGGCGUCGGUCUCGGAUGGCGGUGGGUCAGUGGCAUUGGUGGUAACGUCGCCGGCCUCGUUCUCCGACGCAGCGGCGCAUCCCGCAGCCGGCAGCGGAGCCGAGUCGGACUCAGGUGACAACGGACCACUGAACCCUGUGCAUCGACGUGGCCCCAACCUAUCGACGUUUGCCCUAGCACCACCGCCGCAGCGUGAGCCGAAGGGGCGAUCUCGACCCAUGACAGCGGCGUCCACAAACACGAAGGGCUCAGUCAAGGAGGCGACAGUUCUCGUGACGCCAGAGGCCGGACGUCGGACAGCGGUGAUCCAAGGGAUGAAGCACCGCGUCUCGAAUGUGACGCCGAUGCGUCGCAUUCACGAGGGGCUGAGUCUGAACGACUUUGUGCUUCUCAUGAAGGAGGUGGAGAGUGCCGUGCGUUCACAGACAGCCUCGUCCUCCUCGGCACACGAGACGUCUAGGUAA